AACCCCGGACACACUCUGUAAUUCAAGUUAUUUAGAUCGACAUUUCUACGUUGCACAGACAAUGAAGAACAACAAGCUUGAUAUGACCAAUUCAAAAAAGCAGGAGAAACCUAACAACGAGCUGCGUAAACCUCUAAAGCGCCUCAAUGUCAAGGUUCGCGUGAUGGUGUCACCGAAAAAUGCAUCCACUAUUCGAUUGGCAAAGGGGAACCACCAGUUUCCAAGGCGCCGUCCCAACACGGCUUACAAUAAUUUCCUUCGCGAAUUCAAAAGAUGCAACCCAGGAGCCUUAACAGUGGAGGGCGCCUCCCUUUGGCGCAAAAUGAGCCUUGAGGAAAAGCGUGAAUUUCGAGUAGCCACCACAACUCGAUUGCAAACGGAUUUGAAUAUUCGUAUAGCGCCAGAUCAGCAAACUUAUAACGAACAACUCAAAGAUCAAUCAGAUAGCCAAACUAGCUCCUGAAUGAAGGAAAAGCGUUAUUUAAUUAAAUAUUUUUCAAAAUUGUUGAUGUAAAAUGUUAAAUAUAAAAAAAAAU